AGCUGUGCCCUUCCCUCCUCACGCGUUGGGCACAAAACCUGCCUGACGAGUGCUGUCAAAUCCCUUGUCACGUCUGACAGGAGUAGAAAUCAUCGUAUCUCAGGAUUGUCUGUUGUAUAUGGAGACCCAGCAGUGUGCUCUGCAAUGAAGAGAGUCCGAAAUCAAAUCCCAGAGGAGGAGCCUCUCUCCAAACGCAUCAACAACCUGCACUUGGACAACUCAUCUGGCCUGCUAACAGCGACGCCACCCAGCCUUGUCGUACCCACUACCUCACACAACCUGCCUGCACAACCAUGUGACUCAGGGAGACCAACAAACCUACCAAAUGUCCCUUUACAUAAUGGUUUGACAAACGGCGUGCUGAACUCAGGGAUGAACGGUGCGGGACAAGACGUUGGAGAUGUGCACGAAAUAGACAGGUUGGCGACGGAAAUAUUAAACAGAGAUAUGCCGGAGUCUCUUAGUAUAGCCUACCCCAAUAUGAAUCCUACCGAAAACAAUCAAUAUUUUAGCUUCAAUAAACUCUUGCACGACCUGCAUAUCGAGAGAUUAAGAAGGUUAGGAAAAUUGCCUCUAGGUAGCUUAUGAUUGAAUAAGAACUUUAAUAUUAACCCUUUUGACUUUUCAUGAUGUUUUAUACGUUCGUUUUCUUCUUCUUUUUUAUAUAUAUCUGAGCAGAUAGAGUCCCAGUGCUUACUUUGGUAGUAUUUCGUAUAUCAGACAUUUUAUGUAUUUGGAAAGCAAUAUGAAGUAUUUGUAUCCUGCGUAUAUUACACAAACUCAUGGACAUUAAAUGUAAUGAGAACAAAUUUAGUUCACAGGUUUUAUGAAACGAAUGUGUUGUGUAAUAAUCUCCAUUUUACCUUUACCCCAUGUUUUUUGUUUAAUAUUGAAGGUGCUAUAUUGUCACAUGACUAAAGUAAGAUUGUGUCUUGGUAACCAGUGUGUCUGCUUAAACUGUUGAGAAUGUUUUCACUGCAAAUUCAUCAUGCAGGAUAAUCUUUUACUUUGUGAGUUUAUUGUGGAUGUUGCUUUACUCUUCUUUGAAAUGUGAUUUAGUAAUAUGAUGUUGACUGAAUGUGAAUAUUAUGUAUUAUUUAUAGUGUACGAGAAUGUUCAGGAUGUUUUGGUAUGAUAAUGUUUCUUUUUAGCUUUGUGGCAUUCAAGUGAAGUGUAUUUUUUAAGAUAUCUAAUAUCAAAUAAAUAAGUGUAUUUGGAUUUUGCAUGUUAAGUUCUUGUUUU